UUUAUUCUUCUCAUGAAGAUGGUUGCCACAUUUGGGCAAUGUGAUGACAUCCCAGGAAUGCAGAAAUCAUGACUUUGGUUUCUUUUUCCUCUUUCUUCUCCAAGCCAUUGAUAAUGACCCUUAGCAAUUCCAGUUGGAGGCCACCCCAGCCUUCUUUUUUCCUGGUAGGGAUUCCGGGUUUAGAGGAAAGCCAGCACUGGAUCGCACUGCCCAUGGGCAUCCUUUACCUCCUCGCUCUAGUGGGCAAUGCUACCAUUCUCUUCAUCAUCUGGAUGGACCCCUCCUUGCACCAACCUAUGUACCUCUUCCUGUCCAUGCUAGCUGCCAUCGACCUGGUUCUGGCCUCCUCCACUGCACCCAAAGCCCUUGCAGUGCUCCUGGUUCACGCCCAUGAGAUUGGGUACACUGUCUGCCUGAUCCAGAUGUUCUUCAUCCAUGCAUUCUCCUCCAUGGAGUCGGGGGUACUUGUGGCCAUGGCUCUGGAUCACUAUGUAGCCAUCUGUCACCCCUUGCACCAUUCCAUGAUCCUGCAUCCAGGGGUCAUAGGACGCAUUGGAAUGGCGGUGCUGGUGCGGGGAUUACUACUCCUCAUCCCCUUCCCCAUUCUGUUGCAAAAACUUAUCUUCUGCCAGGCCACUGUCAUAGGCCAUGCCUAUUGUGAACAUAUGGCUGUUGUGAAACUUGCCUGCUCAGAAACCACGGUGAACCGAGCUUAUGGACUGACUGUGGCCUUGCUUGUGGUUGGGCUGGAUGUCCUGGCCAUUGGUGUUUCCUAUGCCCACAUCCUCCAGGCAGUGCUGAAGGUACCAGGGAGUGAGGCCCGACUUAAGGCCUUUGGCACAUGUGGAUCUCAUGUUUGUGUGAUUCUCAUCUUCUAUGUCCCUGGAAUUUUCUCCUUCCUCACUCACCACUUUGGCCAUCACAUACCCCAUCACGUUCAUGUUCUUUUGGCCACAUUGUAUCUUCUUGUGCCACCUGCACUCAACCCUCUUGUCUAUGGGGUGAAGACUCAGCAGAUCUGUCAGCGAGUGCUCAGGGUGUUUACCCAAAAGAAUUAAUCUGAACAUAUUCUCAUAGUUUUCUCCAGAGGCAAAUUCUGGGGACACACGUCUAGGAGCCUAUGACUGGUGUAGAUACAUGAAUAUAGACCAUUUUGCAGCAAGUAGUCCUUUAGUCUUACUAGUGCCAUACUAAAAAACACCCACAGAUACUUGGCUUUUUGGGAUGUACCUGGAUACCUGGAUUUGUGACUAUUUUUGCCAUUUUUUCUUUUGCUCUUGAUUUCAACAUUUCUCUGCUCCAUGUGUCAGUAGGACUUGGGGAUAGGAGAAAUAGAUGAUAGUUCUGGAUUUGUCAUCUUUCUUGCCUUUGCCCAUUGAUAGGCUGUGCAACAUUGUCUGUAACUGUAAAGUCCCACUCUUUGUUGGUUUUAGGUUUAGAGUGUCUUCAAAACCUCUAAGUUAGUGCUGGGAGCCCCAUAUCAUUGGCUUCUGUGUACUAAUAGGGUCUCUUUAUAGCAGCUGAGAAGGCUGGUGUAAGAAAACAUCAUUUAUUGAAAUUUGGGUAUUACUUAUAUAAAACAAAUGUAAGUGGAGAAGUGACUGUAAUAGUUUCUAGUAAUAAUGAAAUGUAAUUUCUGUUUUCAAGGAAGAAAUAUAUAUAUGUGUCUAGUAAAUUUAUUUUAAGAGAUAUCUCUUUGUGUUUUUAACUUGUUUACAUUUGUGCUAAGGAUAAAGAAGGAGUAAGACCAAGUACU